AGAUACAUACUCAUCAGGAUCUUUUUAUAGAAACUGACCGAGUCUCGCAUUUUUACAAAUGCCGCAUCCUUCAAAUCCACUCGAUGACUUUUGCGCUCGCUCGUUCGACUGAGAACAUGGCCUCUCACCGGGCCUCGAUGACGUUUUGGCUCGCUUUUGGACUGUCCGCAAGGACUGUUCAGAGCGAGCCUGCGAGUCGAGCGUUUGUCUGAUGGAUUCUUGUUUCGGGGGUGUAUGUACUUAGUAGUAAUUUGGCAGACAGAUCUCGAAUUGAUGGAACAUGAUCACUUGUUCCUGUGUCCUUUACUGAGUAAUGAAAUGCCAAGAUAUUGCACUUGCUCGAAGAAUCUACAAAUAUUUGGACAAUUUACAUGAUGUAGUACAGACAUUGAGUGCUA